AUGGUAAUACCCCGGGUCGAGGACUCGACUGAAGGCUUGAUCAAAGAGCCUCAUGGAGUCCUUAUGACACCGAUCUUUAGGAAAGCAACCGCCAUUCUCCAAGAGCGAAAUGUCGACUUCCUUCUACCGGAAACCGCCUUAGACGUUCGCUUUACCAGGACUUUGUAUUAUGACCUUCUCGAAGGCCGUGAAUUUUCAUCCUUCACGGACGAAAAUUCUCCAUUGCAAUCAUCUUUAGCGAAAUGCGUCGCCAAUAUUCAGUACUCGCAGCCGAUUUCUGGCCAUCAACCCCCAAUGCCAUCUUUUUGCAACCUCGCUAUCCCUAAAAAGUUGAUCAAGACUCCUCGAUAUAAGCGCGAUAAUGCCCCGCAGUAUGCUGAAGGGGAAACAGGCACCACAGAAGGCGAAUAUAUCUAUCCACCUCUGCGUUCAUUCACAGCCGCAAGCAUUGCGAGAUUCAACUACAAAGACCUUGAACUCAAUUUCUCAAACCCAAGAAUGGGGCCUGUAUUUGCAGAACAAAACGUUAAUGUGAGCCUGGCAAUCGGCCGGUAUGACGAUGAAUUACGACCGUUGGCCAUCCACCGAGAUGUCCACAAACCCGCUUCGGCCGGGAAAGCUGGGGACAAUUCCAUGAAAGCUUUAUUUCAACCUUUAUACAGUCGUGCCUGUCAGCUAGCUUUCGAAUUAGGCGCAGGGACUCCACAAGUCCAUACCAAUGAUUUAAGAUAA